AUGCCCAUCCUCAAGAACCUCCCGGUGCGUCUGAAAGGCGGCGGUCCGACCCUCGAGAACGCUCUGAUCCUGCGCAGGAUGAGCCUGAACAUCACCCCCCACCACCACCACCACAACCCCUUCGACAAUGACGACGACAUCCACGGCAACGGCGGCCACGGCAACCACUGGUCGCCGGGCAGCUCGCUCCUGGACGGCGACGUGCCGCGGGACCGCAACCCGUUCGAGGACGAGGAGGACGAGAACGAGGCCAACGAGGGGAAGAAGGGCGGCAGCGGCGGAGGAGGAUCAGUGAAGGGGUCCUUCAAGUUCAAGUCGCCGCUGAAGACCCUCGGGAAGCUGGGGAAGAACCUGAGGGUGUCGGGGCGGAGCAAAGGAGGCGACACGCCCUCCCCACAGGGAACGCCCUCACCUGGGGAGAAGAAGAAGAGAGGGAGGCGGAGCUCCGAGGGGAGUCUGCUCAGGUUUGCAGGGAAAUACCGCGACACCCUCGGCUCCCGUAAGGAGUCGCUCCUGAACGGGGAGCUGAACUGUUCGGAAAGCGAGUGCGACUCGACCAGCCGCCGCCUGUCCUUCAUGAAGAUGGUGGGCCUGGGGAAGCUGAAGAAGGAGGCCGCAACCGACCACUCGUCGCAGGGCCCCGAGGACAAGCCGGUGCAGGAGGAGGUGGUGGACGCAGUCAAACCCCGAGAGCCGCUGUCAGUCCUGGAGAUCCUGCAGCUGGUGAAGAAGCGCGACCUGCUGCUGGCCGACACCCACAUCCUGGAGCUGGAGCAGGAGUGCAACGAGUCGGACCGGGGCGGCGCCGCCCAGCCGGAGGACGUGGCCAGCCCGAGCGUCAAGGACGGCGGCCGCAGGAAGGCGAAGGACGUGGAGCUGCUGUACGAGGAGCUGCAGAAGGAGCUGUGGGCCGUCGUCAGGGAGUCGCUGAGGUCGCCGACCGCCGGACCGAACCUGGGCCUGGUGGUUCAGGUUCUGCAGCAGGAGGAAGAAGCCGACAAAGCCUGGGCCACCAGCGAGGCGCCGGCCGCCGGCGGCCCGAGGCCUCGGCAGCUGAAGCAGCGAUGGAAGGAGGCCGUGGAGGAGGCGGCCGACGGUUCUCUGCCUCAGAGAGCCGAGUUCACGGCCGGAGAGCUGGACGGAUACCUGGACCGACUCCGAGCCCGAGUGGUGGAGGACCUGGGGGCCGCCAAGAGGAACGUGGUGUCCAUUUACCCCGAAGAAUACCAGUCCUUCCAGGUGUACGUGCAGAGCUACCACCAGGCGGUUGCCAGGCGACUGAAGGAGAUGACCGACAACCAGCUGGAAAUCACCGACAUCUACUCGCUGCUGGACUGGCUGCACAACAUCUACAACAGAGAUGUCCUGGGGACGGUUUGCAUCACGAGUCCGUUCAGUCGCUCGGAGCUCAGCCCUCUGCUGCCUUCAGAAACCGUCGACCGACUGGAACUCGACUGUCUGAACUCCGUCCGGGCCAAAGUGACCACGGAGCUCAGUCAGGUCCUGGACGAGGAGGAGAAGCGGUGGAUGGAGAUGCUGCACAUCGAGGAGUACCAGAUCACUCUGGCCAAGACUGUCAUACAGCGGCUGCAGGUGGAUCUGGAGCGUUCGGCCUCCAUCAACAGGAGUUUGGGCUCCAGAGUGGCUCAGUGCAGCCUGAACGGGCUCGCCGACUUCCUGUACAGCUUCCAGCGUAAAGCCGAGAUGUUCCACGAAGGGAUGCAGAGCGGGAUGUUCGGCGACAACGAGGACGGAUACGUUUCCAAAACCAUCGCGUUGGUCAACUGCUGUCCCCCGUUCAGAGGCUUCGUGCAGCGCUGCGCCCAGUGCGACCCGUCGGUCAGCGAGGACUCUCUACGCCGAGCCAACAAGAGUCUGGAUCACAUCGUCCAGCAGGGGGUCCGAGUUCUGUCGGAGCGCCUCUACCUGCACAUCAGGCUGUUCUUCGAACGUCUCGUCAAGAGGAAGUGGUUGAGCAACACGGAGGCGUACGAGCAGAUCGAGGCUGUGAUCAAGGAGGACUUCAAGAAGUACCACAGGAUGGACAGCCCUCCAUACCAGCUGCUGGUGGCCGAGGUCCACCGCCGGGUGGUGAUGGAGUACCUGAGGUCGGUGAUGCGAGGACGGAUCAUCUGCACCUCCAUGAAGAUGAGGAAGAGGAUGGCCGGGCGGCUCAGGGACGAAGGCCGGCAGAUCAAAGCCCUCUUCAAAGACCUGGAGUCUCCGUCCAGCUGGUUGGACAGCGCUUUGUCUCACAUCUCUGAGAUCAUCCAGCUGGAGGACGUUCCCUCCAUCCAGAUGGAAGUUGGAGUUCUUGUCCGAGAGUUUCCAGACGUCAGGAAGAAGCACGUGUCGGCCAUUUUGAACAUCCGGGGGACGACCCGGCAGGCGGAGCGUCAGGAGAUCCUCAACAUCGUGAAGGACAUCGAGAGCAGCGACGGCGGGGCGAUGCCGUUGUCCCGGGACCGGGCCCUGUUCGCCGAGGUUCCGGUCACCUCCGAGGUCCACUGCCUGAACGUGGGCCUGAGCCGGAUCGCCCUCACCGCCUCGUCCUGCUUCAGCACGCUGCGGCCGCGACGCAAGACCAGGACGCCGGUCCAGGAAAACCCCGACGAUGUUCUCUGAGCAGAGCCCGGUUCGGGUUUGAGUCAGAACCGAGGUGGUUUUCAUUAUUAAUUUAACUCCGUUUUCUAGUUUCAGCUGAUUUUUAACAUCGUGUGGUUUUAAAACGCUCCGAAUGACGGAACCGUACAGAUCGGACUGAACCGACGCUCUAAUUUUACUCUAAUUUAGGAUUCUGAUCAGACGGAGGUUCACGUUUCUAACUUCUGCUGCAGUUCUUCAGAUGUGGCGCCGACAUGCCGACGGAUGCUGAUUGUAUUUCUGAAUCCUCUGACGUGUCUUUCAUCGGUUCUGUUCGGCUUCACUGGACUGAAAAACAAAAAUUCUUUCUGGAGAAGUUUGUUUAAGGAGGAAUGACGUUAAAGGGACUCUGAGACGAACGGCCUUUAAUCAACUCGACUCUUGAAACUGAAACAGAACUUUGGGGGAUCCUGAUAGAAAAAAAUAAAUCAUCUGAGAUCUCACAGCUGAGUUUGAAAAGACAGAACCGUCUGGUGGACGAGGAUCGGACCGGACCAGACCGGACUGACAGCUGCUGAGCUGGAUGAGCUGUUGGUGGAUAAUCAGCAUUUUAAUCACAGAAACGUCGAAGAGUUUCCACAAAACAUCUCAAGGAGCCGGUUUCAGAUUGGAAUGGUGUCAAAGAACAUCCACGUUGGGAUGGAGAACCGUUGAGUUUUCACUCACAGGAAACGGAUUCAACCAAGUGUUAGUUAAGACGAAAGCUGCUGCUAAAACAAAGACGUCUUUAAGUGAGUGAGCUGAGAGUCACCGAGCGUCUUUCUGACCCGAGAACCAGAGCAGAAGAACCCAAUGGCCUCCUCCUGAGCUGGACUUUCAGUUUGAUUCCGGGCUUUGUUUCCCUGCAGGACGUCUGGACUUGGAGCUGAAAGGAAACCAGUUCUGGUCGGCUGUCAUCCGGGAUCGCUUUGGAACCUCGUCGGAGCUCCUAAAAGUGUUGAAACGAAAGUGAAGUUUGGUUCGUGGAGAGUUUUUAUUGUUGCACAAGAGAAAAGCGAAAAAUGUAAUCAAAGGUACGAGACGAUAAUCUGAGUCUCAGUCGGUUUGCUGAGUAUUUAAAGCGAAAGUGAUUCUAGUUGAGGUGUGAUGAGCUUUGUUCUGUAUGUAAAUGACAGUUUCACAAUAUCUGGUGUUGAUUUAACGUUAGAUCUACACAUAUAAAAGAUGUUUUAAUGGUUUUAUUCUGCAUCUCCUCACAUUUCAGCAUUUAUGGGUUUUGCAUGUUUUAGCCCAGAACCAGCAGACAAAGAGUUCAGGUUUAAUUCCUGCUGCUUUUUUUUUUUUCCUUCAGUUUGACGAUUUUCUUCCACACAGUCGAUGGUUUCACUUCAUUUCUUCGUUUGUUUUAACGAAGGCCGUUGUGUCCUUCACCGGUUUCCUCGUUUAUUUCAGAUCUGCUCGACUUCUCCGUCCGUCUGUUGUAAAUGUGGAUGUUUGUAAUGAAUCCUCGUGUUCAGGAAUCGGCUUGAAAUGACAAUAAAACAAUAAAACGCAUCAGAGCGACUGUUUCCGUCUCUUCUGCAGGAA